AACCCCUUGGUGGCUGUCUACUACACCAACCGAGCCCUCUGCUACCUGAAGAUGCAGCAGCACGACAAAGCGCUGGCAGACUGCAAGCGAGCCCUGGAGCUGGACGGCCAGUCGGUGAAGGCUCACUUCUUCCUGGGCCAGUGCCAGAUGGAGAUGGAGAACUACGACGAGGCUAUCGCCAACCUGCAGAGAGCCUACAACCUCGCCAAGGAACAGCGGCUGAAUUUUGGGGAUGACAUCCCCAGCGCGUUGCGCAUCGCCAAGAAGAAACGGUGGAACAGCAUCGAGGAGAAGCGCAUCAACCAGGAGAACGAGCUGCACUCCUACCUCACCAAGCUGAUCAUGGCAGAGAAGGAGAGGGAGCUGGCUGAGUGCCAAAAGACUCCGCAGGAAGAAAAUGCAGAUGAGAGCCGGAGCCGACUUCAGCUGGCCAGCAUUGAGGCCAAACAUGACAAAUACCUGGCAGACAUGGAUGAGCUCUUCUCUCAAGUGGAUGAGAAGAGAAAGAAGCGGGACAUCCCCGACUACCUGUGUGGAAAGAUCAGUUUUGAGCUGAUGAGAGAGCCCUGCAUCACACCCAGCGGGAUCACCUAUGACAGGAAGGACAUUGAGGAACAUCUCCAGCGCGUGGGUCAUUUUGAUCCUGUGACGCGGAGUCCCCUGACCCAGGACCAGCUGAUCCCCAACCUCGCCAUGAAGGAGGUGAUAGAUGCAUUCAUCUCAGAGAAUGGCUGGGUGGAGGAUUAUUGAGGGGGCAGCGCUGGCCCGCCCAGGCCCCUCCCGGCUGCAGCGGCACCAACAGCUCUUGCUGGGCUG